AUCUCGAGGAGCAAAAUGGAAAAUGGCAGCGCCCAUGCGGUUGCAAACUUCAGUAGCCGUAUGGAACGGAAUAGUUUUCUGUACUGCAGUCUUUCUCCUUGAUUGUUUGCAGAUGACAAAGGCCUCCAUCCCUCAAGAUGUCCUGACGCCUUACCCCCAUGGCUUCCAUGGCUCUCCUCACAGUCAACGCUUCGUCCGUGACUGUCAGCCAGUUACUUAUGGCAACUCCACCAUCCAAUCCCACCUUUCUCAUGGACUUGGCUCUGCACACAUUACGUUACCCAUCACUACCACAAAACAGUUCAUGGACACUGCUUUGUACUUCCGAACUUCUUUUGGUCACUUGACCCUUGUGAACAAUCCUUUGAGGACGUUGUCGGUUCUGGAGCCGCUUGAUGUUGGUGGCUGUUCCCUUGGGUUAAGGGUACCAGUGACCCGGUCAGCCACUCAGAAACACUGCCUGGUAGCCAUGAAUGCUGGGUUCUUCAACACACACACAGGGGAUUGCUAUGGAAAUGUUAUAAGUGACAGAAGAUUGGUCAAAAACAUGCAUGGUGUGCAGAAUGCCCAUUUUGGGAUCCGAGCAGAUGGCAGCUUAGUCUUUGGGUACCUAUCAGAGCAUGAUGUACUAGACCGGGAGAAUCCAUUUGUGCAGCUUGUGGGGGGAGUAGGCUGGCUUCUGAGGGACGGGGAAAAAUAUGUUGAGGAAAGCAAAAAAGCAGAAUGCAAGAACUCUGAAGAGACAGGUUCAGUGGAGUCCUUUUUUAACGUUGUCGCAGCCAGAACAGCUGUAGGGAGCGACAGGGAGGGGCAUGUUAUUCUGGCUCAUGUAGACGGCAAGUCAGAUUCAACUGGGGUCUCUUUAGAUGAGUUUGCUGACCUCUUGAAACGUAAUGGAAUUAUUAAUGCAAUAAACUUAGACGGCGGUGGUUCAUCAACCUAUGUGAUCAAUGGUACAGUAGUCAGCUAUGCAACUGAUGAGUGUGAGGAUCGUGUCUUUCGUUGCCAACGGCAAGUCUCAACAAUACUCUGUGUCCAUGAGCCAGACUGUGACCCAUCUGACUGUAGCAGCCAUGGGGAGUGUGUGAUGGGAGAGUGCCGUUGCCAUGGUAACUGGCAAAGUCCAAAAUGUGACUGGCUAGACUGUGGCCCUUUAAACUGUAGCAGUAAUGGAGUGUGUACAGAGGCUGGUUGUCAUUGUAAUACAGGCUACCAACCACCAGACUGUUCUCAGCUGUGUGGAGCUGGUACCCAUGGCCAGGAUUGUUCAUCGCUUUGUCAGUGCGAACACGGUGGGGAUUGUGAUCCAGUGACAGGGGCAUGCUCAUGUCUCCCUGGAUAUACCGGCAAGCAUUGCCAACAGAUUUGUCCGCUGGGAUAUCAUGGUCCAGAAUGUCAGGAGACUUGUAAAUGUGAGGAAGAGUCUUGUGUUUGUCAUCAUAUUACUGGUUUAUGUAUGUUUGACAGUAAUGACACAACCUACGCCAGUCUAUUGAAAGCUGGUCAGUGCCUUGCCGACCGUGCCGUCAACUCCCAAAAUCUCGUUCCUUCUAAGACUUUUUUGCAAGACCCCUAUGCAGUAGGUUUUGUCCUGGCUACUGUGAUAGCAUUGGUCAGUCUGAUGUGCAAUAUCACCCUCUUGUGUUAUCGCUGCACGUGUCGCGUGGAAUCGCGUCCAGUCCGAGUCUGCCCGACGGUGAUGUCGCGCAAGUAUCAAGUCAUCAGACAGCGGGAUUUGGAGUUGGAUGAAACAGAUGAAUCAGAAUCCAGUAUCUGAAAAGAAGUACAAAAUACCCAGAAAAAGUAUUGUAAGCCAGAAAACCAUUUUAGCAAGAUUUGAAAUAAUAAUAUAUUAUUUAUAUUUUUUAUCAUUACUUAUAGUACUUUUGGCAGAAUAGAUUUCCAUAUUGUCUGUAUAAAUUUGGACAGUAAUAUUUCUCAAAUUUAAUAAUAAUUCAGUGUGCUGUAUGCUGUACACCCAGCAUGUGAAUUUCCUUGUUGCUAUCAGCAUAGUUUCAGCAACUUGCAGAAUUUCUAAUUGGUUUCCCUUUAAAACUGAGAAAUUAAGAAUGGAUGCAGCAGUACUUGGCUAGAAUUUAUUCUUAUGUCUUUUGCUUUAACCUUGACUAUUGGAAUUUUGUCAACAUCUAUAUUCUAUUCUCAAAAUUACUUGUUUCAUGUCUAAGGGUUGUCUUUUAAUUCUUUAAUUACAAUUUAUCAUAAAUUGUUACAAAUUUUCUCCAGGUUUUACAUGUAAUGUAGAAUUAGUUGUGUACUUUUGAAUUUCUUCAUUUUGCUUUUUAACAAGCAGUUGGCAUAAUGUGUUAUAUUGUCUUUAUUGUUAUCAAAAAGAUUUACACAUUUUUAUGAUUUUUCAAACCAGAUCUGACUUGUGUUUUGGUCUACAGCAGAAUAGCAGAAACAGAAAAAAGAUUCUGGGGAGUGGCAGAACAAUAUCUAGAAAUCUUCCCUUACCUUGUCACUGAGAACUAUGCACAUAUCAUGCACAUAUAACUUUUGCUAAUAAUUGAAUACAUCUCAGCUCAUUCUACGGAAUAAAUAUCUUGUCUGAAAA